CGAGUGGAUAAACACUGUACAGAGUUUCGCAGCACGUCGUGUCUCCUGGUGUGACAAUGGGACGUACAUGGACGAGCCCACAGCGAGGACAGAGUGUUUCCAGUGUAGAACCUGUGAUUCAGGUUCUGGUCUCAGAGUGAAGGUUCCAUGUUCCUCCAGUUCUGACACUGUGUGUGAACCUGAGGACGGGUUCUUCUGUGUGAAGUCGUCAGACGAGGGAAACUGUGAAGAGACUCAGAAACACUCGCUCUGUUCACCUGGAGAAUUUAUCCAACAACCAGGGAGUUCUUCUACAGACACAGUUUGUUCUCCGUGUCCUUCCGACUCCUUCUCUAAUGGGACUGUGUCAGUCUGUCGGCCGCACACACGGUGUGAAGAGAAGAAUAAAGUCACAGUGAAAGAAGGAACCUCACAGUCGGACGCUGAAUGUGGAGAAAAAGACUCGACUGUAGCUAUUGGUGUUGGUGUCGGUGUCGUUGUUGUAUUGCUCGUGUCAUUAGUUGCAGUUGGACUGAUUUAUAUCUUCAAGAAACGCGUGUUUGAAAUGAAAAGGCUUAAUACGCCACCACCAAGAGAAGAACUGAACCCUCUGGAGGACCGGACCAGAGAAAACCACCUACAUCAUGAAGCAUAAAGACCACGUCACACAUUUAACAUCUACAGCGUGUGAAAAGAUCAACAUGAUGCAAUUACUGAUGGAAGAAAAAAUGUUGAUGCAAUUGAGAUCCAAACAUGUACUGGGAAAUGAUCAGAUCUUCAUCUUUAUUUUAACACAAUGUGACCAGAAAGAGACGACUUCAGUGGAGCUACAACAGGUGAGCUCAGUUUGAGUUCAACAACAAAAAAAAAAGUUAAACAUGCUCCUUUGAUGCCAGAUUUUCGACACGCUGCAAAAACGCAGGACGCCCUAGACGUGCAUUCACAGAGCCUUUGCAUGUGAACUGGACGCCUUGGUGCCGCGGUCUGAAAAUAGCUUUACAGUCUCUGAGCAGUGACACCACAAAAAAUACACAAAAUUUUAGAUUUUUAUAGAAAAGGCGAAAUUCAAUUCUGUCAAAUGGACAAAAAUGUGUGCAUAUGUAAACACACUCAAUGAUUCUUCUGAUAAACUGGAUGUGCAUUAUGUGUGUAAGUGUUUGUAUUUGUGUGUGUGUGUGUGUGUGUGUGUGUGUGUGUGACUGUUUUUGGCACUGGAGCCUCUGAACAAACAUUUCUCUCUUACACUUCCAUUUUAAAGUUUCACUUUGUCGCCUGCUGAAGUUUCCUGUAACAAUAUGAAGCUUACAGUUGUGUGUUUGUCACACAGCAGCACAAACUGGAACAGUAACUUAACUGAACUAAAACUUGCACUCGCUCCUGCAUUUUCUCUCAUGGAUGAAACUGUAGCUCUGAACCAAAGGUCAGGAGCAGCUUCACGCUUCUUCUAAAGGCCGGUUUUAUUUAGACUUGACCCUGAUGAGCUUCUGCAGAGCUCCUCAGGGCCCAGGUGCAUCAUGGGAAUCCAGACUAUUUCAUUUGAAUUCAUUAUUUUUUCAACGUCACAUAAAUAAAUAACAAUCACAUUUGGUUUGUAUGUGACAUUUUCUGUGCCAAACUUUAUCUGUUCUAGUCUGUUUUGAAUCAGUCGUGUAGUUUUUGUGGUUCAACCAAUCACAGCUCCUGGUGGAAGUUCAGAGUGUAGUAGUUUUUGUAGUACUACAGUAGUUUUUGUAGUACUACAGUAGUUUUUGUAGUACUACAGUAGUUUUUGUAGUACUACAGUAGUUUUUGUAGUACUACAGUAGUUUUUGUAGUACUACAGUAGUCAGGUGCAUCUGGAGCUGUGUGGCAGAACCAUAAACCAGCCUUAACGUUUAAACGUGGACAGAUUGAGCUGCAGAUGUUUCACAGAUGCAGAUGUUUCACAGAUGCAGAUGUUUCACAGAUGCAGAUGUUUCACAGAUGCAGAUGUUUCACAGAUGCAGAUGUUUCACAGAUGCAGAUGUUUCACAGAUGCAGAUGUUUCACAGAUGCAGAUGUGCUGCCGUCUUUGAAUAAUAAUAAAAUGUGUCUUUAUGAUGAUGUUGACGACAGAUUGUAUUUUAGACAAUAAUAAAACUGGUGACUUUGAUAACUGCAUUAUGAAGGAUAUUAAUAACAAUUCACUGUAUUUACUGUAUUUUUGUUAUAUUUUUAUUUUUAAUGAGGAAUUUGAAACUUUGUAUUGAUGGGACGUGAUCAGAAUGAUUUUUUAUUUUUAUUUUUAACGAUGACUUGAAUUGUUUGUUAUGAUGAAGAGCUGUUAGUCGAGCUUUAUGUAAAAGUGUCUUCAGUGUCUCCUGCCUCUGCCUGACGACUGCACAUGGGAAAGAGUUUGACUCUUGUAGCUGCAGAGGAUCUUUUCUUUUAAAGCUGAAUGUUUUCUGUGCACUGUCCUUGUUUCAAAAUGUACUUAAAAAGUAAAACAUGAGAACAUUUUGUGUAAA